ACAGGUUCUUCAUUCGCGGCCCAACUGUGUGAAAGUGUAUAACGAAAUCGCGCGUUUGGUGAAUUCUGUUCGAAAAAAUUUUGAUCAAUCGAUUCAAUUUUUUGAAAAUAUUACAAAAAUGCAUAUACAAGUUUUCGCCGUGUUGUGUGUUCUAGGAGCAACCUAUGCACAAUCAUCGGUAAAUGUGGACGUGUACUACGAGUCUUUGUGCCCUGACAGCAAAAAAUUCAUCAACACCCAACUUUAUCCAUCUCUUCAGAACUCACUCAAGAACAGCGUACGCUUGAACUUAAUUCCUUAUGGAAAAUCUACGCACCAGACGCGCGGAUCAGACGUAGAAUUCGAAUGUCAUCAUGGUCCAAAUGAAUGCUACGGUAACAAAGUACAUGCCUGUGCUCUAAACCACAUCCAGGUGGAUUCUUUCCAACAAAGACACACAAGAGAAUCUUUGAUCCUCACCUAUAUCAACUGUCUGAUGGAGAAUUCUAAUCUCAACCCCAGCAACCUCUUCCCAACUCAGAUGUGUGCCCAGAAACAUCAAGUCCAACAAUACGAAGCAAUUGUAAACUGCGCCAAUGGAACAGAAGGAAGUUCUCUACUUGCCUCCUAUGGUGAAAAAACACACAAACUGAGCCCACCAUUGACUUCAGUGCCAACUAUUGUUUUCAAUUCGCAAUACGAUCGCAACUUACAAUCCUUGGCAGAGUCUAACUUCGUUAUGGCCGUUUGCAAGAAUUUGGGAAUGCCACGUCCACAAGAAUGCCCUCAAAUCAACUCGGCUCCCAUCAACACGGUAGCUACUCUCACCGCCGUUUUGAUCUCCGUGGCCGCGGUGGUUAUGCUCUAAGCAAAUAACACUACAAUUUAAAUAGUUUCAACCAUCGUAAUUAGUUCUGUUUUAAUAAAUGAAUGUUUGGUCAUUUUUUUGAAGUCCUAGAUCAUAAUUUAAAAAUUAA